AUGGGGGCUGGGGCCAGCGCCGAGGAGAAGCACUCCAGGGAGCUGGAAAAGAAGCUGAAAGAAGAUGCGGAGAAGGACGCACGGACCGUGAAGCUGCUGCUUCUGGGGGCCGGAGAGUCUGGGAAGAGCACCAUUGUCAAGCAGAUGAAGCGCCCAGGCCACUCUGACCUGAGUUUGCCCCACCACAGGAUUAUCCACCAGGAUGGGUACUCGCUGGAAGAGUGCCUGGAGUUCAUUGCCAUCAUCUACGGCAACACGCUGCAGUCCAUCCUGGCCAUCGUGCGCGCCAUGACCACGCUCAAUAUCCAGUAUGGAGACUCUGCGCGCCAGGACGACGCCCGGAAAUUGAUGCACAUGGCGGACACCAUUGAGGAGGGCACGAUGCCCAAGGAGAUGUCGGACAUCAUCCAGCGGCUGUGGAAGGACUCGGGCAUCCAGGCCUGCUUCGAUCGAGCCUCCGAGUACCAGCUCAACGACUCGGCCGGCUACUACCUCUCGGACCUGGAGCGCCUGGUGACCCCCGGCUACGUGCCCACCGAGCAGGACGUGCUGCGCUCGCGCGUCAAGACCACCGGCAUCAUCGAGACGCAGUUCUCCUUCAAGGACCUCCAUUUCCGGAUGUUCGAUGUGGGGGGGCAGCGCUCCGAGAGAAAGAAGUGGAUCCACUGCUUCGAGGGCGUGACCUGCAUCAUCUUCAUCGCGGCGCUCAGCGCCUACGACAUGGUGCUGGUGGAGGACGAUGAAGUGAACCGCAUGCACGAGAGCCUGCACCUGUUCAACAGCAUCUGCAACCACCGCUACUUCGCCACCACGUCCAUCGUGCUCUUCCUCAACAAGAAGGACGUGUUCUCCGAGAAGAUCAAAAAGGCGCAUCUCAGCAUCUGCUUCCCCGACUACGACGGGCCCAACACCUACGACGACGCGGGCAACUACAUCAAGGUGCAGUUCCUGGAGCUCAACAUGCGGCGCGACGUGAAGGAGAUCUACUCCCACAUGACCUGCGCCACCGACACCCAGAACGUCAAGUUCGUCUUCGACGCCGUCACCGACAUCAUCAUCAAGGAGAACCUCAAAGACUGCGGGCUCUUCUGAGGUGCCUGAUCUCCUGUGUCCCUCACCCUGAGGCCCUGUAGCCUCUGGCAGGCACUUUGUAGAAGCCUGCCAGACCACCCCUGCCCCGGACUCCUGGUGCCCAGGCUGCCCCUCCAUCACCUGAAACCCUGAGCCCGACUAGCCUGGAGGCCCUGGCCCGCCCCCAUGGCUCCCAAGGCUCCUGUAGCCCCAUGCCCCCCAGCCCAGCGCUGCCCUUCACGGCCUGGCAGCACCGGCCUCCAGGACCCACCAGAGCCAGCCCCAGCUAGGAGCGGGCAGGCCCCGGGGCAGCGGGAGCACACGGUGACUCAGCAGGGCUGACCAGCCAAUUCCCUGCAGCGCUGCUGCCCCUGGGAGGCCCUGACUCACCUGUGGGGCUGGCAUCUGCAAACAGUCCUCCCCCCAGAGCUCCAUGAAGGGCAACGGGGCAGGCCUGCUGCCCAUUCCAGCCUUGCCACCUCCAUGUGACAAGUCUGACACCUGUCUGCCCGGUGGCCAGUGACUGUCCCUCUCAGUAGCUUUACCGGUUCAAUGUCCAAGCCAGCUCUGCCCUGUGAAGCUCCCACAUAGACGACUUAGUAAGUUGGGGGGGCAGAUCAGGGAGCCCCAGGAUGUCCGGGGUAGUCUGUAACUGGACCCUUCCUCACAAGCCAGGCUCAGAGUGAUCCUCCGGACCCUCCCCCAAUAAAUUCCACCCUCCUCCCACUUUUGGAUACCAGAUCCAUGCUCUGCUCCAUUCACCCACCCACCCACCCACUGUUCUCAGGUCAAGGGGGUGGUCUGUGGAGGGAGGAUACUGUUGACACCAACUGUGGCCAAUAGUCACACUGUCCUGAGGGGUGGCUGGGGCAGAGUCCAGCUCCCAUCGAUCAGCUUUAGGGAGAAGAUUUGGGACAAGGUGGAAACCAGGCUGUGCGCAGAGGGAGCUGGCUCAGGUGGGGUCACGAGCAAACCCCACUGACCCUCUGGUCCCUGCCAACUGCUUCUCACACCUUCUCCACCUAGGACCCA